AUGGGGGAAAACGACCAGCUUCCAAAAUUUCCCAAUUUUUCAUAUCUGGAUGCGGUUAUCGGAAAAGAGAUACACAAUUUUUGGGGAAAUCGCGUUCUUGAACACAUCAGUUCCAAGGGCAAGCUGCUAGCCCUGAAAGUUAGCAGCCCGGAUGGCCUAGACCGCUCCCAAGGCGACAUGAUGAAUUACGCUGCAGAGCAUGGUGUAUUGGCGCCCAAAGUAUUCGGUACAUAUGACAUUGUUGCCAAAAAACCUAUUGCGCGUGUUAUGGUUAGCGGGCGAGUUCCCGGUAUACCUCUAGUAGAUACCUGGAGGGAUAUGUCUCAACAUGAUCAGACUUCCAUCAAAGAGCAGCUUCGUGCCCAAAUCAGGCAUAUGCGCACACUAACACAGCCAAUUAUCGGCCGCGUUAAUCAACAACCUACUCGCAACUUAUACGAUACCACUUUUACUAGAUACUGUGGUCCCUUCGAAGACGAAAAGUCGUUUGAUGAUUGGUGCUUGACGCGACUUUAUGGGGGGGGGUUUCAGCAGAAGAAAUGGCAACGGAUACUGGAGAAACAGCGGCGUACAUCGUCUGGAAAAUUUGUCCUGACCCACGGUGAUCUUUCGCCACGUAACAUUCUUGUCCAGGGCAGUACUAUUACGGGAAUUAUUGAUUGGGAAUUAAGCGGGUUUUUUCCCGAAUAUGUUGAGUAUGCGGUAGCCGUAGGGCUUAAUUCGGGGAUGGAAAAAUGGUGGAUUCCUGUAUUACAAGAAGUCUUGGAGCCAUGUUCAAAAGAUAUGAUAAAGUUUACCGGCCUGAUUGAGGAGAGAGUUGGUUCAUAUUGAGUUUCGUGUGCAAGAGAACACUUCAGCGGGAUAAGAAGUCUAUUAUUUAGCUACAAAAGGUCAAAGAAGCAGGUGACCCUGUUCUAAUAGGUCUGCGUAUAUAUUUAAC